UCUCUCGUCCCUCACGGUUCGCCCAAAACCCAAAUACAAUCUGCGUGAGGCACUUUUUCCCGCGCAUUUUUCCUGCGAUUCGAUGCCUCCGAAAGCCGACAGAGCCGAAGAGCUCAACCAACCGGUAGCCGUCACCGGAGAAAAGACAGAGAUAGCAGAGAAGGGGAAUGUUGUAAUCGAGAAAAAUGCAGACGGAGAAUACAGAGAUGAAGAUGAUGAUGAUGAUGUGAAUGAGGAGACAGGCCCUGAACCUACUCUUUACGGGGAUUGAGACCGCAACGUUUGCUGUUAUGAUUUAUGAAAGAUUUCAUCAACUUAUCCUCAUAUCAUUCUGAUCAGAAGUCAAUUUAGACUUCCAAAUCCAAGCUUCAAGCAGCAUCUUCUGUUCUUCAUCAACAAUAAUGGAGGGUAAGGCAUCGCCAAACUUUAAUACAUCUUACCAAAAAAAAAAGAAGAUAGUUUUAAAGUGGCCAUUUUCUAAGUCUACAAUGCUGGAUAUUGGCAUAUAAGCAGCACUUGCUAAGAGUAAAAUUUACCUAAUAAUACAUUUGGUUGAGACCAUUAAGUUCUUGCGUCAAGAGAUAUUGUUG